AUGCAAGCUCAUCGUAAAAACAUCAUCGUUUAUGAUACAGAGCUAUCAACAUCGGCAGAAGAAAAGAGACAGGAGCUUCACCAUCAUCUACGUUCUCAUACUUCAAAAAAUGAAAACAAAAAUCGAACGAUGAUUGAUGUGUAUCAAUCAUUACCAGUAAAUCGACCAUUUACCGCACCGACAAAACGAAGGUAUAUACUUUUAGAGGCUACACGUAAAUUACAACUUGUUCAAGCUGCAAGGCGCCUAUUUGACGCUAAUGGACAUGAAAUUUUUCGAAGUGAAGAUAUUAAACGUAGCAGAGUAUACUAUGUAUCAUGUGGAGAAGAUUACAUUAAUCCAUGGAAAGCACUUAAACGUAUGUAA